AUGGUUAUGUUAUAUAAUUAUCUAAAGAACUGUAAACAGAAAUCAAUCCGCAGGAGCUCCACUCUUCUACCGUCAUCCAACGACAAUAGACCCCGAAGUCCUAUAUUUCUAAGAAACUCAGUACAGAAAAAUGAAGAGUCCACAGCCUUGCUCUUACCCGAGCAAACUAAAAGCGGUGGUGUGAAAUCAAUCCGCAGGAGCUCCACUCUUCUACCGUCAUCCAACGACAAUAGACCCCGAAGUCCUUUAAAUCUCACAAAGUCAGCAAAGAAAGAAGAAGAAACCACAGCCUUGCUAUUUCGCGAGAAAACUAAAAGCCUUGGUGUGAAAUCAAUCCGCAGGAGCUCCACUCUUCUACCGUCAUCCAACGACAAAAGACCCCGAAGUCCUUUAAAUCUCACAAAGUCAGCAAAGAAAGAAGAAGAAACCACAGCCUUGCUAUUUCGCGAGAAAACUAAAAGCCUUGGUGUGAAAUCAAUCCGCAGGAGCUCCACUCUUCUACCGUCAUCCAACGACAAUAGACCCCGAAGUCCUUUAAAUCUCACAAAGUCAGCAAAGAAAGAAGAAGAAACCACAGCCUUGCUAUUUCGCGAGAAAACUAAAAGCCUUGGUGUGAAAUCAACUCGCAAGAGCCCUCAGCCACCGCCACCCGCGGAUAAUAGACCCCGAAGUCCUAUAAUGCUUAGAAAUUCAAAGACAACAGAGGUAACCCCGCCAAAUCAUCGUCCAGAAAGUCGCAAAUCGGUAAGUAUUAAAUAAAUGAUAACUACUUAAUGCCUUUGUUUCUAAAGAAUAGUUGUAAAUAGGUAACAGAUACGAUGUACGAGUACGAUGCUCUCAACUAAUGUAAUUUGUAUAUAAUGUCAACCACUGAUGAUCAAGUAAUCUCACAUGCCUGCAGCGCUAACGGCUUUACAAUUAAUAAAACUGAUAGUUCAUGCAAAUCGCGCCCAACACACGAUCAG